AAGCAUCAUCGGACUAGCGAAAGGUGAACAGCUGGGACGAAUAAUAUUAAGUUUCAGGUGCUCAUAACGUACAUGGUCUUUCUCCUCUUAACUAAGUCUAUAUGGUCGGCACUGCACUGUCUUUUGUGGAUAUAUGCCGCCAAUGCGUUGCCUACUUCAAACGACGCUGUGGCACAUACAGUUACCUACAAAAUAUUUGCACUCCAACAUACGCACUUACAAUGACAUACAAAAUACAAGCACAAGCGCUCCGACAUAAUAUAAACGUAAGGGAAUUUGCCGAUAUAUGGUCUCAGGAUAUCAUCUACACAUCUCUGAAAAUUGAUGAGGCAUUUUUCAGUCCGAACCGGUCGAUUUAUACUAAAAGUUGUUUUUUUUUCCUUUCAGAUGUUUAAUAAGGAUCUGAUGGAACCCAGACUUUAACAUAACCUAAAUUUUUUUGUAGAUAGCUACGUUGGGUACGCGGUAUCUUUUCGAACGUUCCAUUUCUGAAAGUCUAUAACCUGAAGUCAGCGCUUGGGUCUCCCUGUUCUUGGCUACCUUUUUUAUCGACUGUUCUGUGAGUUGUACGGUCUUUAGCUGAGUUGGAUCGUAUUACAUUGUAGAAGUUUAUUAAUUUCAUUGUUGAAGAACUCAUUAUCCGACAUAGGGUACGGCUAGUAUUUGGUCUAAAUGGGAUCUUCGAUAUACGCCUAAAAAAGCACUGCCUGUUCCGUAUUCAUCGCCGAUAUAUUCUAAUUGCAAGCGAUUGUAUAUGUGUUUUUUCGUCGCGUGUUCGGUUUAGACGUUGCACCUUCUGUCGUACGUUGAAGUUGUCUUGAUUAAGGAUUUCGCUAUCUCUUCUAUGGAUCUCCACGAAAUGAAUUAUUUGGUGAUAACCUUUGCAUUUAAUAGUUAUAGCUGUUUUGUUGUGAUGCGGAAUGAUUUCUGUUGUAGUUUGUAGAUCUCAUCUGUAGUUCUUGGUUCCUCGUAAUAUCUACUGUUUGCUGCAGAUUGAUGUUGCGGUAUACUGCAUGGUGAUUGUAUUACGUGACGGCGAAUUGUGAGUUUUAGUUGUCGUGGUAUAUCGUGCUUGCUAUAGCGUAGGUAGUUUCUCAAUCUUCUAGAUUGUGGCUAUAGAGGGUGCUGGCUUUUUAAGUUUAGACCUAGAAUGAAUGUCUUGACAGCUUCCUGGUUCGCUUAUUGAGGAUGGACUUCUUAAGCUCUCCAUCUCGACUUUAGUGAGUGCAAGAUUUAGCGACUAGCUGAUUUCACAUUCAUUAAUUACUUCAGGAAUGUUUUCUGACGCUUCAACAAUAAUAUUUCUUCCAAAAUGAAGCUAACCAUAAUGUUAUAGUUAAUGGGAAGCGCUAUAAAGCUAGACUAGAGAAUUUUGAUGUGUCGUCCACUCGUUUCACUCCGGAGCUGUAUGCCAUACAGCCAACUAAACAACCAAUUUAUUUAGAGAAACUAUUGGUAACCGAAUUAUCUCGCGUCGUGGGGGCUGUGGGGUGUAUUUAUGUGAAGUCCCUUGCCUAUGGAGAUAAAAAAGAGACAUUGACGACUUGGAGGAGAAUAUUCGGCGUGUUAUUGCUGACAUACGAUUCCAGAUGAUGCAAAAAGUGUUCAAAAAUUGGACCUCUCGGCCUACUUUUAGGAACUGGAGUGUUUUCGUUUUUUCGAACGGCAUAACCUAGUCAGCAGAGCCAUCGUAUGUCGCAUAUCGUCGUAACGUAAACUCAUCAGUUGUUGCCAUCGUCCAUUCCUCUGUACCAUAUAGCAGGAUGGGAAUAAUGAGUAACUUAUUGAGUUUGGUUUUGUUCGUCGAGUGAAGACUUUACUUCUCAAUUGCCUACUCAGUCCAAAGUAGCACCUGUUGGCAAGAGGUAUUCUGCGUUGAUUUUCGAGUCUGAUAUUGCUAAUUCUGGUUUCACGAUAGACGAAAUUAUCUACAACUUCGAAGUUAUGACUGCCAACAGUGACGUGGGAGCCUAGUCUCGAGUGCGACGACUGUUUGUUUCGUGACAUACUUGAAUAGAUCAGCCGGCAAUCCAUCGGUCCCGCCGCUUUGAUCUUUUCUUGCUAUUCGAACUUCUUCAUGGUCGUGCAAGGAAACGUCUGCUCCUUUGUUAUAGAAUGGGAAUCGGGUUCGCCGUUCAGCAAUUUGGUGAACUGUCCCUUCAUAACUUUAAUAUGCUCUGAGCAUCAGUCACUAUAUGACCUCCGGGGGUUCUACAAGAGUAUGCUCAGUCUUCUAUUAGUCGGCGUAUAUUUUUGUGAAAUUUUCGGAAAGCUUGUCAAGCUCUUCAUACUCACGCAUUUCGCCCUCUUCUAUUAGUCGGUGUAUAUUUUUGUGAAAUUUUCGGAAAGCUUAUCAAGCUCUUCGUACUCACGCAUUUCGGUCUUUCUUUUUCUGUCUACAAAUGCGUCUCGCUUCCCUCUUCAACUCUCGGUAUCUGUCUCAUCCCACACGAGAUGUGGUCGAUUGCAGUCUGUUUUCUCUUCGUUGCAACUUGGCACUUCUCAUCGUACCAGCUGUUCUUGUGCGUUUUCCGAAAACCGUUCAUUUGGAUCUGUACGUAAGGAGCUUCAAAUGCAGUCCCACAGUUCCAGUUACUGAUGAGUGCUCUCAGAGAGUAGGAGUGCAAGUCGAGUAGAAAAAUGUGCGGCUGUCUGUUGUGAUUGUAGCUUCUCGACGUUGAACCUUCCUUGUGUUUGUUGACGUGCGUUUUUUCACAUUUAAAGCACUGGAGACGUGUCUUCCGCUACUUGAGCCAUAUGUAAACGAAUCGUUUCUGGCCACUCCCAAGUGACACCGGAGAUUUCUGGCUUAUCGCCGCAUACAUGCCACACGAUGAUGUGGUGGAGCCACCUCCCUUACUGCUGAGGAGGACCUUAGCUGAGGCAUCUAAAACUGGCACUGACGUCAUCAUCGGUUCCGACGCAAACUCGCGGCAUCAGAUCUGGGGAAGCUCAGAUACUAACAGUAGAGAAGCAUCACGUGCACUUUUAGACGAAAAAGAUGUCGAUAGUGAAGAUGACAAUGACUAUGAGGCUAAAGAGAAUUAUGAAGGCUUAAAUGGUACCAAUCGAACAGUCACAUUACAAACAUUAAUGAGUGCAAAUGUUUUGCAACCCGGUAAAGCGGUAAUGACUAUAGACUAUUUGGGUCAAAAAUUUGUCGGAGAUUUGAUGCCGGACGGUAAAAUAAAGUCACAAGAAACUGAAACAUUAUUUCUUACUCCAAGUGCAUGGGCAGUGCAUUGCAAACGGUUUAUAAAUCCGGAAAAAAAAAGCGGAUGUGGUUGGGCAUCUGUGAAAUAUAAAGGGAAAAAGUUAGAUGUCUAUAAAAAUUCAUGGUUACGAAAGUGUGCCUUGCAAAAAGAUGUCAAUUUGGAUGAUUCAGAAUCAGAAGCGGAUAAGAAGUCGGAUUGCCUUUUGCCUAAUAUAAAGCGAAAUAUAUGUUCAUACAAUACUAUAAUGAACCGAAAUUUACCACAUGAUGGAAAUAUGUUAAUAAAAGCAGUGUCGUUUAUAUCAAUGGGAAAAGUACAACCAUUUUUAAUUACAUUUAAUUCUUCGGCUUUGCUGCUGGUUGAUUUUCAUUGCCACUUAACCAUGCGCGAAGUUUGCGGUUAUUUUGGAGGCCAUUGGGAUAUAAAUACUCACACUUUGAACAUAACGAAGACAUAUCCUUGCAGAAAUAUUCAAAAGUCGGUUCAAGAAGAAAAGCAUAUAAAAAAUAUGAUAAUGUGUGAUCAACUUCUACUUGUGGGGUGGUAUCAUUCCCAUCCGAAAUUUCAAGCGGAACCCUCAUUGCGAGAUUGCGAUGCACAGUUAGACUUCCAAAUUCGAAUGCGCGGAUCAUCAGAUACUACGUAUACACCGUGUGUGUCAGCAAUAGUUUCUCCAUAUUAUGAUGAAAAUCCAAGCUUAGAAUCAGUAAUUAAAUCAAUAUGGGUUAUGCCGCCGAAUGAGACCAAACAAGUUUUGGAAUAUGGACGUCCGAUGUUAAUGCAAUAUUCAGUCAUAUUGGACAAGGAAGCACCAGCAUAUGUGCAUUCUGAACUGCAAGCAUGUGCGACCUAUUAUGCAAAGUCGCGAAAUGAAUUAAUUAAAUUUAACAGCAUUUUUAUUGAAGACGUUACAUUUUUAGAAAAGUUAAAACACACUUUAUAUUUAAAACUUCCUGCGGAACAGGAUAAUACUACCUUUUGGAACUGGAUUUGUGAAAUUUUAGGUUGUGGGAACGAAGGCAAAUUUGUUCCUCCUAAAACAAUGACACAUAUUGGCAAUAAGUGUAAACACUCUUCUUCUGUAGAAUAUAGUGUUGAUUUACCUCAACACGAAAUUAAACAACUUAUAUAUGAUAAAAAAUUUGUGGAAAUAGAAAAACAUGAUCUUGAUAGAAAGGGUAGCGAAAUAAAAGUUCUGUCGCUGCAGGAGCAACUUUGCUUACCAUCUGGAUUAAACAUGAAUCCAGUUCGUACAUUUGCAUCUUUGACGUCUUCUAGUCAGUUAGGAUCCAAAAAUAUACAAUCGUUAACGACUAAAAGUACUAAUGUUUCAUCUAACCAAACAUCUACUAGUUCGAUGGUUACAACUUUAAGUUCAGAAAUGCUGUCGCCAUUGCCAACUAUCGGAUCGGCUUUACCAACUGUCUCUUUUACAGAAAUACAUUUACAUGACAGUCCAAUAACGGUACCUUCAUGCUCCGCAAGUCCAGUUAAAUCAGAAAUACCUGUUUUAAGCUCCCCUUCACCUACCAAAUCAGAAACACCACUGUAUUCUCAGCAUUCUAACAGUACAACAUUACUUAAUUCUAGAAAUCAAAAUAUUUUAAACAUGACAUCGAAUUACGAGAUACCAAAUGAGUCUCAAACACAAUCAACAGAAUACCAUUCUACAACGAAUGAUUUGGUCGCCGCAAGUUUAGCCCAUUUAGCUGAUCAGCUAGCUCCUAGUUUUAUACAAAAUGAUCUGACUAACAUUUUUCAACAGCAUAGUGCUGAUAAAAAUAAUCGAAGCUCUACUAAUGAUCAAAUCAUUUCUGAAAAGAGUGGAGAACAAAAAGAUAAUUCAUGUGAAACAGUUGUAAGUGGUUACAUAAAAAACUUCAAUGUAUCACGAUCGUUGGGAACACAGAAUCAAGAAACUGCUGGAAGUACUAAAAACAAAGCGGAGCCGUCGAGACUUUCCUCACCUGUACUCUUCUCAUCUAAUAACACAAGCUUAUAUAAAACAAAACUUAUGAAAGAAUUGGAUAAUAUAAAAAAUGAUCCCUUAAAAAUGAAUGAACUUAUGCGCUCUCCGGAAUAUGCUGCUCUCCUUUUACAUCAGGCGGAAGCGCUCGGUGCAACUACACUCGGCACACUUGGUUUAGGAUCUGAUUUAAAUUUUUUAACAGGCACUACCCUUGGAUCUAAGACCGAUCAAACGCAGACUCCUGACUACAAUAAUUUAGCUCAAGUUUCGAAAUUUCUCGGGUAUGAAACUUGUAUGCAAUUGACAAAAGCAGAUGAUUUCAGCGCUUUUAUACAACAACAAAUGGGCGCUGUGGCAGCUGCUGCAUUGGUAAAUGUGUCCCUUUCAUCGAAAAAGCAAAAACAGUCAGAAUCUCAAGUUCAAACGGACUAUGGUUCCCUUUUACAAACAUAUUCAAAACUUUUUGAAAAUGAAAAUAAUUUUCGUUGCGGAGCGGUUGCAGGAAAGUCCUUAAAUAACCAGCAUAAUGAAUUAUCUGCUUUGCUUUCAGUUGGAGCCGAUACUGACCUGCCUUCAUUUGAUUCCAAACUGAAGACCAAAGACGUUUCUUCACAAAUCCAACAAAAGCAAAGUGAAAAUCAAAAUCAGACUGACAAUUCAUUUUUUUACCACCAGAAUAAGGCUGUUUCUCACUUGAGUUCACUAUUUGCGCCUUCAACACCGACAGCUAACUUAUCAUCUUCUAAUAAAUUGUGCAAUAGUACGAAUUCGACAAAUAUGACUGCAAUUGCAGAUUCCCCUAGUUUUUUUAAUGCUUUUUCUCAAGAAAAAGCUCAAGAAUAUGCCUUUUUUCAGCAGCAACAUAUUAAACAAGACGAAAAUUUUUUUCUUUCGCCUGCUACUAUGUUAAAAUUACAGAAAGAUUCGCUAUCUGCAAUGAUGAUGAAACCACCUAAAUCAACCUCAUCGACUCUUGCGACAAUAUCUCGUUCACGUGAAGCUUCAACGUCUACAGUGCUAAGUCCAAUAAAAGACGGCUCUGCCAAUAGUAUGAAGUAUAAUUAUAGUGCAAUAGAUUUGGCAGUUUCUAGUAUUCAGUCCAACACGUCUGCUCCGAUUUCGGUUGAAGCUAGUAACAAUUUGAUGCCGAAACGAAGGCCUUCAAAUACACCACCUGUUGAUCUCAGCCGUCUUUAUAGCGAAGGUCAAUCGUCAUCUGUAAUUGGUUCCCUAAAAAAGCGUAUGGAAUUCUCAUCCAUAGCAGAGCUAGCUGCACCUCCGCCGACAAAAAUUUCAAAAGAAUUAAAUUAAAUUAAUGCAGCCUCUGAAUUACGCUAAAAGAAAUAUUCACAAUAAUAUAUUUUAAACGUGGAAUAGCAUUCGACAUUGUUUUGACAAAAUUUGGAAAACUAUCACUUAUGUAUUUGGUAAAAAAUAAUAAACUUAUUGUACUCCGGCUUUGUGUGUUUUCUAUUUUACAUUUGAAAACAGGAGUAAAUAAAUACAAACAUUUUUAAACGAGUAAACAUACCAAAAGUAACAAGUUUUCAAAAAAUAAGAAUAAAUUUAUUGCAAUGAAUUUGCAAACUAUAA